UGUGAAGGCAUGAUGCACUUUAAGGGGAAGAUUAGGGAGCAUCAUUCCAGUUGUCUCCUACCCUGUUGCUUUGCCACGUCAUGGGCCCUCACCUGAUCAUCACACCUUCAUGGAGUUCCUACUAUGGCUCAGACAGGGUGCUGGGCCCUGAUGAUACAGAAAUUAUUAGAACCCAGUUACUGUCUUCAAAGAGCUCAUAGUCUGAUGGGAGAAGCAGGAACAUAGAUAAACUCUUUCAAUCUCUAACCUUUUGUGUUGGAGACAGAAUGUCUGAAAGAAAGUGAAGAACCCCCCCAAUACAUCCUCAGGGGCUUAUACCCCAUCUGCAUUCUCCCACCUGCCUGCCAUGUUGGGUGUCAAUGGUACCCCCUUCCAGCCAGCCACACUCCAGCUCACAGGCAUUCCUGGGAUGCAGACAGGCCACGCCUGGGUUGCCCUGGUUUUCUGCAUCCUCUACCUGAUUUCCAUCAUAGGCAACCUCAGCAUCCUCACUCUGGUGGCUCAGGAGCCUGCUCUGCACCAGCCCAUGUACUGCUUCCUCUCUAUGCUCUCUCUCAACGAUCUGGGAGUGUCCUUGUCUACACUUCCCACUGUGCUUGCUACCUUCUGCUUCAACUACCGCCAUGUUGGCUUCGAUGCCUGCUUGGUCCAGAUGUUCUUCAUCCACACUUUCUCUUUCAUGGAAUCAGGCAUACUGCUGGCCGUGAGCUUUGAUCGUUUUGUGGCUAUUUGUGACCCACUGCGCUAUUCCACUGUGCUCACCAACAGCCGCAUCCUGGCUAUGGGCCUGGGCAUCCUCACCAAGAGUUUCAUCACUCUUUUCCCUUUCCCCUUUUUGGUAAAAUGGCUGCCCUUCUGCAAGGGCAAAGUUCUGCAUCACUCAUACUGCCUCCAUCCAGAUCUCAUGAGAGUGGCGUGUGGAGACACCCAUGUUAACAACAUCUAUGGGCUUUUUGUGGUCAUUUUCACCUGUGGUGUAGACUCAGCGUUCAUCCUGCUUUCUUAUGCAUUGAUCCUCAGAGCUGUGCUGGCCAUCGCAUCUCAGGAGCAGCGGCUCAAGGCAUUCAACACCUGCAUGUCACACAUCUGUGCAGUGCUGGCUUUUUAUGUGCCCAUAAUUACUGUCUCCAUGAUCCACCGCUUCUGGAAGAGUGCCCCACCUGUUGUUCAUGUCAUGAUGUCCAAUGUCUACCUGUUUGUACCCCCCAUGCUCAACCCCAUCAUCUACAGUGUGAAGACAAAGGAGAUACGCAGAGGGAUCCUCAAAGUCCUCUAUAAAUCCCAGAGCUGAGGAAGGCUACUGAGAGAAAGGACUUGGACUUGUUUGCCAGCUUGAGGAAUGCUGAGACACAGGAGGGGAACCAGGACCUUGAUAGUUGUGAAUACAGAACGAAUAAAAGAACAGCUGACUCAAUAAAAUGACCUAAAUAUGUACUGAUCAUU